CUGAGCAUGCGCACUGCAUCGGCGGCUGUAAGGGGACGGGGAGGACAUCACGGAAAAAACGUAGCAGCAGCAGCAGCAGCACCACAAACCCCACGCCGAGAUUUCGCCUCUCCGCUGCGCUAAAACUGCGCGACGAAAGCGGCCCACGACUAUGCCCGGCGCGGCGUUAAAGUGCGGGACGACCACUUGACAGGCCUGGGCGAGGUCUGAGCGGUUGCCGGGAGGAGAAAUACAUAUCUUCAUAUGGGAGAAGCAUGCGGGAAAUGGUCGGAGGUUGCUGCGUGUGUUCAGACGAGCGAGGCUGGGCUGAGAAUCCGCUGGUUUACUGUGAUGGACACGGCUGCAGCGUCGCCGUUCACCAAGCAUGCUAUGGCAUUGUCCAGGUGCCCACCGGUCCGUGGUUCUGUCGGAAGUGUGAGUCACAGGAAAGGGCAGCACGCGUGAGGUGUGAGCUCUGUCCCCACAAAGAUGGAGCCCUCAAGAGGACGGACAGCGGAGGCUGGGCCCACGUCGUGUGCGCGCUCUACAUCCCCGAGGUGCAGUUUGCCAACGUCCUCACCAUGGAGCCAAUCAUCCUGCAGUACGUCCCACAUGAGAGAUAUAUCAAG